UACGCCGUCGUCAUCCGCGCGCUGGUGAGCGAGCUGCCGAACUCGCGUCGGCAAUGGACAUGUGGGCCGGAGCCAUGGAGUACACGGUGGACGGGAGUGGCGACGGCGGCGAGCAGCAGGAGGCGGCGGCCGUGCGUAAGGGGCCAUGGACGAUGGAGGAGGAUCUCAGCCUCGCCAACUACAUCGCCGCCAACGGCGACGGCGCGUGGAACGCCCUCGCCCGCGCCGCCGGGCUUAGCCGCACCGGGAAGAGCUGCCGGCUCCGGUGGCUGAACUACCUGCGGCCCGACGUGCGGCGCGGCAACAUCACGCCGGAGGAGCACACGCUCAUCGUCGAGCUGCAGGCCAGAUGGGGCAACAGAUGGUCCAAGAUCGCAAGGCACCUUCCUGGCCGGACAGACAACGAGAUCAAGAACUUCUGGAGAACCAAGAUACAGAAGAAGCACAGGAGAAGAACGUACGGGAUCCACGCGACGACGAGCGAGAGCAUCAGGCCUGCAGCUGCUGGGUACCUGACCGCGGUGGCCGAGGACCAGGGCAGCAGUAGCAUCUCCGGCCGGACCACCGUCGUCGUCACGCAGGAGUACGGCAUUGCGGCGCCGCAGCUCGGCAGCCUGAGCUUGGACCACCCGGCGAGCUACCCGAGCGCGAUCCAUGGUGGAGAAGGUGCUGAUGCGGGUGGCGACAUCGUCGUCUCCGAGGAGUUCUUGGCAGCGUCGAACGACAAUUUCUGGGUCCUCGAGGAUUUGUGGCCCACGGUGCAGUCUCUCCACGGCGAUUGAUACAAGAACUGUGCGAGUGAUGA